CCUGUUCUCUUUUCUUCCCCCCCCCAACUUCAGGGCGUUUUCUUGCUGUUUUUCUUUUCUUCUUUCGGCCUUGUUCGUCUCGCUUUUUAGUUAUUUUCUUUCCCUUCUUGGUGCUGCUUGUGAUAGUCGACACGAGCAACUGCUUUGCUUUCCCCUCGCCUCGAUUUCGGGCAUCGGACGGCCCUCCACUCCCAGUCCUUCCGGUUCGCUCUUCUCUCUCCCUCUCAUUUUGUUCUUUCUUCUUCUUCUUCUUCGUUGUAACGAUAUCUGAUGAUGACGACGACGACGGCGGUUGUUGUUCUGCUUUUAGAUGAUAACUAGGAAUCAACGCGCUACUAUUGUUUUUUGAUAAGAGAGGAGGUGGUUAGGGCCUAAUCGUGACUAUGCAACCUGUAUUAUAGUCUUCCGCACUAUGUUCCUUUUCGCUGCAGGCCCACAUUUCUUGGGUGCAUGGUCUCAAGUUCAUCUGCAGUAUUCUGGAAGUGAGAAUGGCUUUAUGUGGGAACUGAAAAUAAAGAAGUGCACCUUUGAUUAAUACAAAAGAAAAAAUGCUCCACAAGCUUGUUGGACUUUAUACAGCUGAUCAAGGAGAAAAUCUGAUGCUUGGAUAGGGCAUUGUUUUGAACAUUUCUUCAUUUCAUGCUGUAAUCCUGGCUUUCUUCUAGAAAGAACAAGCAUCUGGACGUGAGGCUUCUGAUCUCCAUCUGGAAGGACAUGAGGUUGGCAAGAAUGCUACCAUUCAACUGGGUCUAUUUCCAUGGCAAGUUAUGCGGGUGCAUUAUUCUUCAGUUGAAUGUCUCUGGUACCUGUAAUGCAGACUUCAAAAGUCGCUUAUGGAUUGCUUGAGUGCAUGUAUUGCUUCUGCAUCAUACAUUUCAGGAGCAAAAGAAGUUCUCUUUUGGCCUUAUUGCUUUAUGGUGACGACAUUUUGCUAAAUGGCUGUGUGGUCAUUUUAAUUCUGGCGAAGCAAUUAUUCUAGCUGCGAGAGCUGCUGGUUGCUGAUAGAUAUUGAAGGAAUUUGGGGAAGCUAUCCUUUUGUAAUUAUUUCCCAGCUUCCGUUCAGUUUAUAUCAAUAUCUGAGCGACCAUCUAAAUUUGGACAGUGCCUUUUUUUUUUUUUGGUUAUAUAGUUUUCAUUCAGACCUGCUGCAGAGGGCAAAAUUUGGGUUGGAUGUCCUUGUGAGUCCAGAGCGGAUAGUAUUUUGCUCAGAUCCUGACAGAAAAUGGAGUCAGAAGCAUCUGAUUCAUCUGUACCUGGUGUAUUCUCACGGUUGCUUCCAAUUGUUGGACCUUUGGUUCUGAUUUCCGUUGGAUAUAUAGACCCUGGAAAGUGGGCUACAUUGAUUGAAGCUGGUUCUCGUUUUGGGUUUGAUUUCGUGUUACUUGUGCUGAUCUUCAAUUGUGCCGCAAUUCUCUGUCAAUCCCUUGCAGCUCGCAUUGGAGUUGUCACGGGGAAGAAUCUUGCACAGAUCUGUGGUGAAGAGUAUGCUCCAACAAUAUGCACACUGCUGGGCAUUCAGAUAGAGUUAUCGGCAAUCAUAUCAGAUCUGACCAUGAUUUUAGGCAUUGCUCAUGGACUCAAUCUUCUACUCGGGUUGGACCUCGUAAUUUGUGUUUCUUUGACGGUGAUUGAUGGUGCACUAAUUCUACUUAUUCUUGGUUCUCAAUCUUCGGAUAUACGGAAGUUCGAGGCAAUGUCUGUACUUGCUGCAGGGUUCGUUCUGCUGUAUUAUGUGCUCCUGUUUCUUGUUAAUCAACCAGAGGUUUCAUUUGUUAUGAAUGUUCUGCCAAGAGUGAGAGGUGAAAGUUUAUACACAGUCCUGGCUCUUCUUGGUGCCAGUAUCUUGCCUCAUAAUUUCUACAUUCAUUCAUCUAUCAUCCAGAAGCAACAGAGGAAAUUGAAUGUCUCUACUGGAACAGUAUGCCAUGACCAUUUUUUUGCCACCACACUCAUUUUCAGUGCCAUCUUUCUGGUAAAUUAUAUGAUUAUGAGCUUAGCAGUGUCCACCUUCCACAGUGCAGGACUUGCAGUACUCACAUUUCAAGAUGCACUUCUUCUACUAGAUCAGGUGCUGAAGAGUUCGAUUGCAUCCUUCAUGCUUUUUGUGGCUCUGCUAAUUGCAAGUUUGGUUACAUCUUUGACAUGUACGGUUGGUUUGCAUGCAUCUUUGCAUGGUUUCCUUGGAGCUGAAAUGCCGUUAUGGUUGCAUCGUUUGAUGACCAAGAUGGUUGCUUUGGUCCCUGCUAUUUAUUGUGUUUAUAAAUAUGGGGCUGAGGGAAUUUAUCAAUUGCUUGUUCUUUCUCAAGUUGUGCUAGCUAUGCAACUUCCUUCUUCUGUGAUUCCUCUUUUUCGGAUAGCUUCGUCAAGCUCAAUAAUGGGUUCAUCAAAGAUCCCAGCAUCUGUGGAGAUCUUGUCUCAGGCUGCUUUUUUUGGGAUGCUGGCUGUAAACAUUCUCUUUGUUACAGAAAUGCUAUUUGGUGAUAGCGAAUGGGUUGGUACACUUAGUGUUGGUGGCAGUGUCAUGCUGCCUUUCGUUUUUGUACUUGUGACUGCUUGUGCAUCACUUUUGUUUAUGCUUUGGUUGGCUGUCACUCCUCUAAAAUCUGCUAGUGAAAAGCCAGACAGUCAAGCGUUGGACUGGGAGACCCAGAGCUCCCUGUUGGGGUUAUCUAUGGACAAGGAGGAUAUUAGCUUGGACAGAGACGUGGAACCUAGAUCAGACCAUCAAGCUGCUCAAAUUGUCCCGGAUGAUUCUGCUCCAGAACAUGAGUCUUUCACCGAGGAUAUUUAUGACUCAAAUGAGUAUCAUCCAUUUGAAAUUGAGAAGGAUCAGCUUUCCUCAUUAGGUGAUUCAGAAUCAGCAUCUGUGUCUGGGCUGUCUCCUGUAAUGGCUGUGGAUAUGGUUCCUCGGGGCGGUUCACCUGAUGCAGCUUCCAUCCUUGAAACCAGCUUAGAUGCACCACCUGCAAAGAUGAAGGUAGAGGUAGGUAUUGAGACAAGGAAGGAUGAAGAUGAGGGAGGUGCUUGGUUACCUGAAAAUUUACCUGCUGAGGCUCUUGAAAGUUCAUCACUGGUAGCAAACGAGGGGCCAGGAUCUUUUAGGAGUGUGACAGGGAAAAUUGAUGACACGGGCAGCGGAAAUGCGAGUCUUACUCGUUUAUCUGGAUUGGGUAGGGCUGCUAGAAAGCAGUUGGCAUCAGUUCUUGAUGAGUUCUGGGGACAACUGUAUGAUUUUCAUGGGCAAAUUACUACAGAUGCGAAGUCGAAAAGGAUAGAUGUCAUUUUAGGUCUAAAGCCACCUUCAGCAAACCUGGAAUCUCCUGGAUUGGAGGAGAGAAGUUUGUUAUCCAGCUCUAUUGAUUAUGAAUCUUUCCUGCAACAAAGGAAGGUUGGUUCUGUGGAAUCAUCAUAUGGCAUGCAAGGAUCACCAUCUUUGCCCUCUUCUUUGCAGUCACUGGAUGCAUAUAUGCAUGGUCCAAACAGGAGCUCAGCCGAGAUAAGUGAACGGCGCUAUUCUAGUUUGCAGUUGCCAUCUUAUUCUGACAGUCGGCAUUACCAGCCGGCAACUAUACAUGGUUAUCAGUUAUCUUCCUACCUUAGUAGGAUGGGAACAAACCCAAUGGAAUCACCAGGGUUGGGGCCCAGUUCUUUUACCUCAAAUUACAUUGAUGCCUAUGGAUAUGGUUCUGCAAGGAAUAGUUUUGGUUCUGUACAUGCUUUAAACUUGCCAAGUCAGACAUUCUCAAACACAUUGCCAACAGACGCAAGAUACACCGAGUCUACAGUGACCAGCACUCAGGAAACCAUGCCUUCAGCUUAUUCCAAGAAAUACCAUAGCUUACCCGAUAUUUCUGUGCUUGGCGUCCCUCGUAGGGGUCCAUCAUCGAUGGAAAAAAGUUCUCAAAGGAUGGGCACUAUUGGUCCUGGGCAGUCUAUCAUCUCUCAGGACAGAUUGAGGACUGAGAGUGUUCCACUGGCCUUUGAUGAGUUAUCUCCUUCUAAGCUUCACAAGGAUGCUUUUUCUCUUCAAACAAAGUCUUACAUGGAAACCAACUCUCUCUGGUCUAGACAGCCUUUUGAACAGCUAUUUGGCGCACCACAAGGUAAUAUUGGGUCGUCCAAUGGUAUGGAAAGCUGGAUAAGGCCGAGCUCCCAAAAAGUCUCUCAUGCUGAAGCUGAGGCUGAGUUGCUUAAAGCAUUCAGGUUCUGCAUUAUGAAGCUCUUGAAGUUGGAAGGUUCAGAAUGGCUCUUCCAGCAAAGUGGUGGUUCUGAUGAGGAGCUGAUUGAUCUAGUGGCAGCAAGAGAAAGGUUUCUUCAAGAUGUCAAAUCUAAAACAUCGAGUUACAGUACCCAUGCUGGAGAAUCACUGUAUUUUGCAGCUGACCGGAAGUUUGCUUCUGGGCCAAGGGAUGAUGAUGGUCGGCUUUCCAAAAUGUUGGUACCAACCGUUCCUCAUUGUGGGGAUGGAUGCAUAUGGAGGGUGUCUCUCAUUGUCAGCUUCGGAGUGUGGUGCAUCCACCGAAUACUAGAUCUAGCCUUAGUGGAGAGCCGGCCAGAGCUGUGGGGGAAGUACACAUAUGUUCUUAACCGUCUUCAGGGAGUUCUUGAUCCUGCAUUUUCUCAACCCCGAGCAACACGCUCCCCAUGCUUCUGCCUUCAAACACCUGCAUCAUUUAGAUGGCCUGGAUCUAUUGUCUCAAAUGGGCUACCGUCCGUUUCAGGCAGGGGUAUGCUGGGAAGAUGUACCACUGCAAGUACACUCCUAGAAAUAAUCAAGGAUGUGGAAACAGCUGUUGCUUCAAGAAAGGGCAGGACGGGAACAGCUGCUGGUGAUGUUGCCUUUCCCAAAGGCAAGGAGAACCUUGCCUCUGUAUUGAAACGGUACAAACGUCGUCUCUCAAACAAGUCAAUUGGUGUGAAUACUGGUGGCAGCGGACCUGGCAAGGCAUCUUUGCCGUCACCUGGACCUUCCUUGUUCGUUUCAUAAACUGGGUGUUUCACUGGAAUACAAGUUAGUGGCUUCGGCAAGUUUCUUCAUGGUUAGCAUUACUUGUUUGUUUCAUAGAUUGUAAUAUAGCCCGUCUCUCUCAUCCUUUUUUGGGGUUUUCCGGCGACCAUCCAACAAAGCAUGGGGUCUUGGACGUUUAAGCUGUUGAUCCCAAUCCUUGUAAGGGUUUUUUUUUCAGGCUUAGUCCAUGACUAAUUUUGUCGCCUUGGUUUGCGUUUUCUCCAUUGUUUAUAUGUGUUGUCAUCACGAUUAUAAAAAAAUAUGUAACUUACCUGUUUGUAA